CACAGACCGACAGCCGUCAGUGACGUCAUCGCGCAGCCUCCCGCAGCCACUGAAGAAAAACAUCCUGAAAACCCCGAGGAUAAAGGCCGCGAUUAGAGGCACCGAACCGGCCCCGGCCCUAACGGCUCAGUGUCCAGAGCCACAGCUUGUUCCUGCAGCACCCUCCCUGACCCAGCUCUCGCUGCGAUAGGCCGCGGAGACCCGGGCAUCCCCGAGGCUUCAAUGACAGCGGCUCGGGGAGAAUGGCGGCCGGGGAAUCUGCUGGGAGUUGGUGGGGGAGCUGGAUACAAGAAGGUUUCCAGUCAGUAAAAGAAAAGUCUACUGAAGCACUGGAGUUUAUGAAACGGGACCUUGCAGAGUUUUCACAUGUGGUACAGCAUGAUACAGCAUGUACAAUUGCAGCCACUGCAAAUGCGGUGAAAGAAAGACUGAGUGCAGAAACAUCUACAGGAGCUGGACAGCAAGUUAAAAAGGGAUUAUCAAACAUCCUGGGAGUCCUCUCGGACACUUUUGCACCUCCUCCAGACAAAACUAUUGAUUGUGAUGUUAUAACACUGGUUGCAACACCAUCUGGUACUACAGAACUCUACGACAGUACCAAGGCUCGUCUUUACAGUCUACAGGCUGAUCCAGCAACAUACUGCAAUGAGCCAGAUGGGCCCCUGGAACUCUAUGAAGAGUGGGUUGCUGAUUUUAAUCUUGAAAAUCAGAAAGGGGAAAUCUCUGACCUAUUGGUUAACAGUCCAGCAGUACGUGCGCUUUACACAAAAAUGGUACCAGCAGCCGUAUCUCAUUCAGAAUUUUGGCAUCGAUACUUUUAUAAACUGUAUCAGUUGGAACAGGACGAGACCAGGAGAGUAGCACUGAAGCAGAGAGCGGAGCAGACCUCUCAUGCAGAGGAGCUUCAAUGGGAAGAGGAAGAAGAUGAAUUUGUAGGUGCUUCGUCUCCCAAUUCAGAUUUACGACAUAUGCCGCAAAAGCCAUUAUCGCAUUUACAAUCUCCAGUUGCAUGCUGUAGGCUGGAGCAUUCAGUUGAACUUCAGAACCAGAAUAUUGCUGACGUCAUGCCAAGGCCAUUGGAAUGCCAGUCUGAUAGUGUCAUCAGCACCUCCACAGAACUCCAGUUGAGAAGUCAAAUCUCCACAUCCAGUGAGACGUCUAGGUCUGAGGAGACUGUAAAGGAAAUUGCAGGCAAUGUAGUAGAAACCAGUGUGGAGCUGGUGGUACAACAAGAUUUGAAGCCAAGUAGUAAGGGCAGACUUUCGAUCCCAGAAGAAGAAGCAAAUGGAUCAACAAAAUAUCAAAAAACGAAGGAGUUUACUGCAGUAUCUGGUGCAGUGUUUGAGGCACAGAACACAAACAAACUGGAGACUACAAAAGAUGAUGGACCAAUUGAUUUGAGAGUGUAUGAACUUAACUCCGACAGUGGAAAAUCAACACCAUCCAAUAAUGGAAAGAAAGGGUCUAGCACAGAUAUCAGUGAGGACUGGGAAAAAGAUUUUGAUUUGGAUAUGACCGAGGAAGAAGUCCAGUUAGCACUGUCCCGGGUGGAUGUGUCAGAACAGCUGGAAGAUGAAGACUGGGAAGAUUGGGAAUAAAGUGAAAUUGGACAUUGCUGCUUUAGUUGAUUUUCUUGAAUUCUUUCAUUCUAAUGUAAUGAGCAUCGUGUUUAUAUUCUUAGCCUGUAGUGUAUAUACAGGUUUCCUGUGUCAUUGCUUCACCAAGCUAGGGUAACAUGUUUUAUACUGCAUGCUAUUGUAUCAUACAGCAGGCUUUUAAGCAUGUAAUUAUAAAGGACUAUGGAGCAUGGGUUAUAUUUCAUUCUUUAUUCUAAAGUUCUAUUUAGUGGGAGACAUUGCUCUUAUUGUUUCUAAUGGUGUUUUGUUUUUGCGUAAUUAACAGCUGGUUGGUUGUGCAAUAUAUAUUUUAAAUAUGCAUUUUCUAGCUUUCAGAUAUGGGAGACCAUUAGUUUUGUAAUUCAAGUUCCCUUAGAUCUUUUACAGAUUUGCACUUACAUGGAUUAAACUUAACUUAUACAAGGUUAAUUGACUAAUGCUUUCAGUGUUUAUGCACCUUUUAAAUAAAACAAAUGUCAGCUAAAAGUGCUAAUUGGAAAUUGAAUUCCUCCAAUUUACUGAAGUGAUAGAGCAAUGCUGUUUUUAAAAUUGGAGGCUUACCAAAAAUAGUUAUAAUUUUGAGCUACAUGGUAUUUCAGAUGUGUUUUUGAAACCCUUGACUCUGCUUGUAACCAGUCCCACACUAGUACAGAUUUGCUACUCUGUUAAUGUUGAAUUGUGGUUGUUGAAACAAAUAUGGGAUCAGUAAAUGAAUAUUGACUGCCAUUUUGUGGUGAAAGUGUAGCAAAAGUCUUGGAAGGUCAGUUGUUAAUCAAGUUGAGUAGGCUUCUCAGUUAAAUCACUAACUGAAUGUUCUAGAUGUUUUAGUGGGAGAAGGGGUGGUCUGAUUGGGAAGCAGAAAAAUUUAGUUAGUUGUAUUGAUCCCAUGAAUACAGCAGGAAAUACAUACAAGAAUAGUUCAGAAAUCUGCUGGCUAAUUGAUCACACCUUCCUGUUAAUUGGUAAUAGGUGACCUGUGAGCAAGCUAAAAACAAAGGAGAGCAGUUUGCCUUGAAAAAACUGAAAACUGUACUGAAUGAAUUGGAAGCACUAAUACAGUUAUUGUACUGCACGCCGUGCCUUCACUACUGAAGCGUGUCAUUACCAUGUUUCUGUAUAUAUGAUUGAAAUUUGACAAGCAAAAUUUUGCAUUCUGGAAAUUUGAAACAAAAACUCUGGUGAUACUCAACAUAUCAGGCAGCAUAUAUCAAAAAACAAAAGUCAGCUAAUAUUUCAGGUGUAGGAUGCUUCUUCAAAAGUCUUAUAACUAAAAUGUCAAAAGACUUCUGCUGUCUUGACGAGCUGUCUAACCUGCUGAGUAUUUGCUAUUUGUUUUUAUUUCUUUAAUAAACCUUUGCAUAUUUAUUUGACAGAUGCAAGUAUUUUGCUAAAUGGACAUUUUUGAAAACCACAAUGCAUGUUAAAACCCUGUUUCUAAGUGCUGAGUACAGACCAGAUUUGCUAUGUAACACUAGGUUGAAACAUUAAUGAGUAAUCUCUCCUGGCACAACUGGAAGUGAUUAUUUGAAUAUUGCUUAGCUUUAAAAGUUACUCAUUGGGGUAUGAGUCCCCCCCCCCCCCCCCCCCCCCCCCAAUCCUCUUCUAUCUUGUACAGGUACUAAUAGGGAAAACACACUCAGAUUAUUAUACAGAAUGAAAAUGUUGCUAGCUGUACUUUUGAAGAGGUUUAGCUGUAAGUAAGAGAUUGAUUGAUUAAUUUUCCUUCUAGUUUUUAAACCAACUAAAAUCUAGUGCUUGCUGUUUCACACUUGGUACAGAACAUAAUAGUGAAUAACUUUCUAUCGUUGGGCACGUUUUUCAAAAUGGCUAACAAUAUACAAACAAAAGACCUUCACAUACAAUAUAUUAGGUAGCAUGAAUCUUAACCUAUACGCUAAGCAUUGAAACAUUCAAAAUUAGGUGUUGAUUUGUAUUCAGAGUAUGAAAGUGAACUGCCAUUGAGUGGUUGCCAAUUUGAAAUGUUACUGGUGACUAAUACAAAGAAUGGGCAUGUCUUAAACCCUCACACACCUUCAUGUCACAGCCUGCAUUGCCUGUCAGUUAUAGGGUACUAGUAAGUAAAACAUCCAAUUGUGAUGUCCAAAAUUGAGACUGACAACCUUAGCAUGUCAUUGGUUGAAAAGAGGAAAUCAACUGACAUGCUGAGUUUAUGCAAAAACAAAACUUCUAGGGCUGGUGUUGUACAGAGGAUUGACUUGUAUGCCAUCAUUUACAGCAUUUGCAUUUAUUCCUAUUACAAUUUGAGUCUGACAAAAAUCUGGCAAGAAAAGAAAAGUCUCAAACUAAAAAUGAUUUUGGGAUUCAGUGGAUUUUUUUUUUAUUCAGGGAAAAGGAGGCUUAGCUGGCUGGGUUACUAUUUCUUAAUUUAGAACAAUAUCUGCAAGUUGCAGCUUAUCUUCCUGUAAUUCCACCACACUAUAAUUGUAUAUUUCAGUAUCUGAAGUUAAUUUAUAAAGCAAAUAACUAGCAUGUAUUUUUCAAUGUUUGUUUUCUUUUUCAAGAAGACGUAUUUUCAUCAAACUUAAAGUUCCCGUAGUCCAAAAGGACCUUAGGGUUGCUGCUGUCAUUAAGGAAAGACCACAGGUGGUGGUUUAACCUGAGAGCCAGCACACCUCUGAUGAAAGGAGAUGUUGAGAACAUGGGACCUUCUUGGUAAUGCCUGUCAGUGCAGGAACUGCACCUGCACUGUUGGUGUUACUCUGCAUUGCAAACCAGCCAUCCAGGUAACUGAGCUAAUUAAGCUGCCUAAAAAACAUUCAAAGACUCUGCUUCCACAACCUUUUGAGGAAGACUGUGUGAGAGAAGAAAUUCACCACAUCUCAAAUGGGCGACCUCUUAUUUUAAAGCAGUGACUUUAAUUUUUCUGGAAUAUAUUUAGACCAGGGCGAGAUCAAUGAUAACUGAAUGUCCAAAAACACUUUUACAGCCAAUUACAAGAUUUUGAAGUCCAGUCAUCCAGUUGUCACUCUUCUGUUGGUGUUUCUUCCACUUUAUAAAAUGCUUUUGAAAUUUAUCUGUCUAUUAACACAUUCUGGUCAAUUCCUCAAAGACCUUCCCUAAUUGAAGCAUGAUUCUGUGCAUUGAUAUUUCAUUUUGAAAUUUUGGUGAUGUGAUGAGAGUGUGCAAUAUUGUAUCUGUGUUUUAAAGAGCAAAAAAAUUAUUAAUAUCUUGGUGUCAAUCAUGUGAAGGUGAGAAAAGUGAUCAUGUGCUGUGAAGGCUGUUAAGGUUCUUGAGUGGUGCCAAAUUCUUCAAUUGCUUAGACAUCUAGGAUAAAACAAAUGAUUUUUAAAAUAAAGUCAUUGACUUAUUGACUAGUUAGAUUAUUUGAAAAAGUAAGCUACUGUAAAACUGUACAUUCGCACUAUAAUGUUAAUCGGCAGAGAGGUUAAAUGUUACAAAGUAUUUAUGUUCACGAUGAUUAUGGGGUUUGUCAAGUUCCUGGUUACAAAGGGUAAGAGAUGAAUAUGAUGAGGCAAGAGCAACUAUGGUAUCCUAGAGCCUGUUCUUUUUCAGCCCAGAGGUUUGCUAUUUUCUUUCUGAUAGGUGCUAAGUAAACGGUUUAAUGAUACAUCGCUGACUGGAUUGUUUGAGUCUCCUGGACCUGAUUGAGUAUUAAAGAAAAGGCAAUCUAAAGAAGGCACCAAGUCAGGCCACAGCCAGAGUACUGUGAACAUGCUUGGGCCCUGUAUCCAAGAAAAGAUACAGUACCGUUGGAGACAAUUUAGAGGGUUCAUUAGACUGAUCCGAGGAAUUACUAUCACAUGAGAGAUUGAGUCAGGUGGGCUUGUAUUCGUUGGAGUUUAGCAGAAUAAGAGGUGUCCUUUAUUAUAACAUACAAGAUCUUUAUGAGAGUCGACAAGUUAGAUGUGAAAAUGUUCUUUUUCCCCUGUCUAGGACUAAACAGCAUAAUCUCACAACAUGAGGUUUCCCAUUUAAGACACUGAGGAAUUUUAUUGACGCUUGUCAGUUUGUGGAAUUACUUAAUAUGAGAGGACUAUGGAGGUUUGGUCAUUGAUUAAAAAUCCCAUUCAGCUUUGAAUAUAAUUAAAGUAUUUGAGAUUUAUGGGGGAAGGGCAGGAAAGUGGAGUUGAGAAUGAUUGAUUGGAUCAGCCACGAUCUCAUAAAUAAAGCAGUCUGUGGGCUGAAUGGCCUACUUAUGACUGCCUGAAUGACUGCCUUUAAAAUCAAUCUCAUUCACUUGGGUUGCUGCUGGUUUUUAAUGGGCCGAACUAAGAUGUAACAGUGCACAUUCAAUGACAUUGAAUUGCACCUGACACAAAGC